CAAUUCCGUCAUUCCGAUUCCAACGCGUAUAUUUCAACCCUCGCGUGAGCGAUGCGAGAAACGUUCCUCGUUGCCGACGCCGGCUCGCCCUCUCUAUCUUUCCUCCAGAUCUCCAGUUUUAUAGAUCUCUCCGUUCAUCCGUGCGGCGAGAAAAAUGACGAUUUCAAGACGCCUUGCUGACAGGAAGGUUGCAAAGUUUCAGAAAAAUAUAGCAAGGAGAGGAUCUGUACCUGAGACAACAGUGAAGAAGGGAAAUGAUUAUCCUGUUGGGCCUAUCGUCCUGGGAUUCUUUAUCUUUGUUGUCAUAGGAUCAUCUCUAUUUCAGAUUAUUAGGACUGCCACUAGUGCAGGGAUGGCAUAGACCAGAAUUGAAGCACAAUUGUUACUACUCAAGGCUACUGCUCUGUAAUAUUAAGACCCAUCUAAACUUGAUAAUAACUAAAUCCAUGGAGAAGGUGUUUUGAAUGUAUUCGUGUAGUGACUCUAGAUCCUCCUAUGGCAUGAUACUGAACAUACCCUUUUUCUCACUGUUUAUGUUUAAAAGUGACAGUUAAAUAAAUUCCAACAAUCCAUCGCUCAUUUGUUUCGAUCAAA